AUGCAAAUAAAAUUCUUGCUUGCCGUUUUAUCCGUAUGCAGCAGUACGGCUGUUGCCGCACCAGUUGCCGCUCCAAACUCAGAUGGAGUUCAGUUUAACACCACGCCUCAACCUCCCCCCUUCACUGGCGCCGACUAUGACCGCGAUGAGCGUAGUAUGAAGCCCAAGCCCAACCCUCACGGCGAACACUACCACCGUGAUAUGAGUCCCAAGCCUAACCCUCAUGGUGAACACUACCGUCGCCAGGACAAUUAA